ACGGCAUUAAAAGCCAUAGCUGAAAGGCCAGAAGCAAGAGGUUAAUGGUGAUGAUAACAAUGGGCUCGCCUGGCUUCAACCUCUGCUUGUCGACCCUUUUUGUUCUCCCCUUACUGAUCGCCUUCCUUAGCCAGACCAGAACUGAGGCUGCUGCAACUUACCUCUUCCACGAUUGCCCAAACGCAACCACUUUCACCACCAACAGCACUUAUGAAAACAACAGCAAGCACCUCCUCGCUUCCCUCUCCUCCAACGCCACCCGAGCCACGGGAUUUUACAACACCACCGCCUCAACGCCCAACUCCGUCGAGACGGUCUACGGCCUCUUCCUCUGCCGCGGAGACAUCUCCGCUGCCGACUGCCGAGACUGCGUUUCCGGCGCAACUGAAGACGUGGUCGAACGCUGCCCCAAGGCAAAAGACGCCGUGGCUUGGUACGAAUACUGCAUGUUACGCUACGCAAAGCAGUAUUUCUUCUCCAGCAUGGUCACCGACCCGGGCAUUUACAUGUGGAACACGGUUAAUGUGUCGGAGCCGAGCCGGUUUGACCAGCUGGUGAGGACAACGAUGAACGACUUGGCAAGCGGGAUUUCCAACGUUGGGGCCGGAGCCAAGAAGUUUGGCACGAAAGAAGCCAACUUCACAGCGUUGCAAACUCUGUACACCCUUGCCCAGUGCACGCUGGACAUCUCGCGCUCCGAUUGCAAUAGCUGUCUCCAGAGAGCGAUAGCGAGUCUGCCGGGUUGUUGUGGGGGAAAGCAAGGAGGCAGAAUUCUGUUUCCUAGUUGUAACGUUAGGUUUGAAGUUUACCCGUUUUACCAGUCACUAAACACAUCGGCGCCAACGCCUUCUACUCCGGCACUUGUUCCUCCACCCCCGGGAUCGGUAACAGCACCCAAAGGAAAAGAUACAAUCUCAGUGUUGACAAUUGUUGCCAUUGUCGGUCCGAUUUCUGUCUCGAUUGUGCUGUUUGUUAUCGGCUACUGCUUUGUAAUUAAUAGGAGAGCAAGAAAAAAGUACAAUGCUAUACAGCAAGAGAAUGCUGCGCAUGCAAAUGAUGAUAUUUCAACUGUAGAGUCCUUGCAAUUUGAUCUUGCUACAAUUGAAAUUUCCACCAACAAGUUUUCAGAUGAUAAUAAGCUUGGUGAAGGCGGAUUCGGCGUCGUUUACAAGGGUAGGCUUUCAAACGGACAAGAAAUCGCUGUGAAGAGAUUAUCAAGGAACUCUGGACAAGGGGAUGUGGAAUUUAAGAAUGAGGUCCUACUAGUGGCCAAGCUCCAACACCGAAAUUUAGUUAGGCUUCUUGGAUUCUGCUUGGAAGGAAAUGAAAGACUUCUUAUCUAUGAGUUUGUGCCUAAAAUAAGCCUUGAUUACUAUAUAUUUGAUCCCAUGAAGGGUGCAGACUUAGAUUGGGGAAGGCGGUAUAAAAUUAUAGGUGGCAUUGCUCGAGGGCUUUUAUACCUUCAUGAAGAUUCCCGACUUCGGAUUAUUCAUCGUGACCUCAAAACUGGCAACAUUCUAUUAGAUGCAAAUAUGAAUCCUAAAAUUUCAGAUUUUGGCAUGGCAAGAUUAUUCGUAUUAGAUCAAACUGAAGGCAGUACAAAUAGAAUUGUGGGAACCUACGGAUAUAUGGCUCCAGAAUAUGCAAUGUUUGGACAAUUCUCGACAAAAUCAGAUGUCUUCAGUUUUGGUAUCCUAAUUCUGGAGAUUAUAAGUGGUCAGAAAAUUACUAAUUUUCGUGAUGUAGAGAAUAUGGAAUACCUUCUUAGCUAUGCAUGGAGAAAUUGGAGGGAAGGGACAACUUCGAAUCUCAUAGAUCCCACACUAAUGAAGAGUGGUCCAAUAACUGAAAUGAUGAGAUGUAUUCACAUUGGUUUGCUAUGCGUUCAACAAAAUGUAGCUGACAGACCAGAAAUGACUUCAAUUGUUCUCAUGCUUAAUAGCGAUUCUGUGGCUCUCCCUGUACCUACACAACCUGCAAGCUUUAUGCAGAGCAAUGUUCAGUCGGCCACAUCACUGCAAGUAUUGGACAUCAAUUGCGGAGGAAUUACUAAUUGUGAAGUUUCAAUCAGUGAGUUAUAUCCUAGGUAGUGUUUUGUGGAAGGGGGGCUAUAAUACCCAUGUUUGUAUGUAAAUUUCACUUCCCAUGAACAUCUGAUGCCCCAAGAUCAACUACCUUAAUCUAACUCCUCAUUGGCAAUGUUUCUACCGAAUUAUUAGUUUGGUUGGUUGACACCUCAUUGACCUCAAGUUGAAAGUAUCUUUAGGACAACCCCUCAACCGAUCGACUGAAAGUCCUAAGUGAACCAAUUAUAGGCGGCCAAAAACCCUCAGAGGCUUGGGUUUUGUUCUGGGAAUUGUAGUCUAGAUAUAAUGCAUGAUUUCUGAUAUAUAUUGUCACGGAAUAUGACCUGUACGUGUUUAUUAGAGCAAGAAUAAGUUUCUAACUAUUUCCGUCCUCCUAUAAUCAUGCAAAUUACAAGACA